AUGAAGCAGCUCCAGACGGCCGGCGGAGGGCGACCGAUGUCGUUCCUAAACACAGUGGACAAAGUAAUAGAGGCACUCAUAGCGGAACGCGUCACUCAGGUAGUGGAGAGCAACGGGCUCCUCCCAGCAAACCAGAUACGCAACAGACAGGGCAGGUCCACGAAGCUAGCGGUCAGGCUACUUACGGACCAGGUCCGUACGGCGUGGUCCCAUAAGGCAGUCGCCUCGCUCUUACAGCUAGACAUCCAGGGAGCCUUCGACACCAUAUGCCACCAGCGACUCCUGGACACUCUACAAAAGAAGGGAUUUCCGCACUGGGUAAUCAACUAG